AAACAUGAGACUAAAAGCAUGUCUGCGAUUUUUUUGUACUUCCUCGUCUGCCAGUCGGACUAGUCACUAUAGUCGCAACUUUGACCAAAUACCCCGCUAGACUUAAAGUCGCAAAGACAACUUGAUUCUUGCAAUGAAAUUAUUUGUAUUCUUUGUUGCGGCCGUGCAAAUAUACAGCGUGACGCCUGUCAUUCACACGCUCACUUAUUUCAAGACGGGCUCAAAGCUACCAGAGUACUUGCUGGUCGCGUAUGUUGACGGCGUUCAGAUUCUGCAGUUCGACAGCAACCACAGGGAAACGAAAGUGAAACAUGACUGGGUGAACAAAAUCACAGAAGAUGAUCCGCACUACUGGAAGAGAGACACAGAGAUCAAUAUUUGGAAUGAGAAGGUCAUGAAAAUGAACAUUGAAACCGCUCAAAAGCGCUUCAACCAAACUGGAGGUGUUCACAUGAUGCAGGCGAUGAGAGGCUGUGAAUGGGACGAUGAGACUGGUGAGGUUGAUGGUUGGCAGCAUCUCCGUUACGAUGGAGAAGACUUCCUAUCGUUUGAGGCAAAGACGAUGACAUGGAUCGCAGCACAUCCACAAGCUUUCAUCUCCAAAUUGAGGUUGGACCAAAUAGAGGGGUUCAAUGAAGCCAGAAAGAAUUACUUCAUUGAACAAUGUCCUUUUGAGUUGAAGAAGCAUGUGAGCAACGGGAGGGACUACCUGACGAGAACUGAGCUUCCCAAGGUGUCUCUCCUGCAGAAGACGCCUUCCUCUCCAGUCACCUGCCACGCCACGGGUUUCUACCCCAUUACAUCGUCCCUCUUUUGGAGGAAGAACGGCGAGCAGGUCCACGAGGACGUGGAGAUGGGGGAGACCCUCCCCAACCACGACGGAACCUUCCAGACCUCGGUCCAUCUGAAAGUAGAGCUGACGCCCGCCGCAGAGCGGGAGUACGAAUGCGUGUUCCAGCUGGCCGGCGUCUCGGAAGACAUGGUCAUCAAGCUGGACACCGGAAGCAUCCUGAGCAACGCGCGCAUCCAGGAAGAGCAAGACAGGAAGAAGGUGGUGGCCAUCGCCGUCCCGUUGGUGGUUCUCGCUCUGGUGGCGGUGGCGGCAGCAGUCCUUGCCAAGCGUCUCAAAAGCAAACAAGCCGAAUACUCUCAAGCUUGUAAAGGGGAAAAGCCGCCAGGAAAAGAGGAACAGAAAGAAGACAAAGAAGAACAUUCUCAAGUUUCCAAUUCGGAGCCUGUUUCCGAGUGAGAGGCAGCAACGAUCACCUGGUGAAGUUAGCUCAUGCUGACUACACGUGGUCUUCGGAUUCUGGAGGUGGGUUAGGGAACAUUUGGAUCCUUGUUGAUCCUGCUCUUUGUCAGGUGUCAGAAUUCUUUCAGAGGACUUUCUCAUCACAACACAGAUGUUUUCUUCUUCUUCAAGUCAACGAUAAUUAUGUUUUGGUGAAAUCAAGUUUUUGGGUGGUUUCAACGACAAGCUUCAUUCUUGUUUGAUUGUAUUUCCUAUUUUGAAAUGCCGUUUGAUCCCAGGUCUUCAUCUAAUAAACAACUAACAUGUUUCUCAGAAGGUGAGGUUCUUGACUGCCCUUAUUUGAACUGUGGCUGAACAUAUUGAACAAUCAAUGCCCAACGUGGAAAUCCAAAACAGAGAGUGCUACUGGACUGCAAUCAGCGGGUGGUGUCGAGUCACGCUCAACAGGUUGGCUGUCUAAAGAAGUUCAGCAUGACAUGGGAGGUGAAGCAAAAAUUUUGCCGCUGCGUUUGGAAUUUUGCUCUCUUGGAAAGAGAAAAGCAGUUGUCAAUUUUUGUCAUUGUUGAAAUCAAGUGAAUGUCAAUCAAAUCUGUCAAUAAAACACUAUAUAAAUGUUGUGAAA